UAAAAUGGAGAUGUGCAUAUUUUUCCUGUGGAUAUAUUCCAUAUUUUGUAUAGCCGAUGGUCAGGUUGACGGUGACCAUCGAAAUCUUAACAAAAGGAUGACUUCAUUGGAAGACGUUGUCCAAACUAUUCUGAUGGAGUUCGGGGGUGUUCGUGAGAAGAAUUCUGCGCUGGAAUUUAAAUACCGGAUGUUGUCUGAAGAACUGCACCGGCUCAGAAUGCAACAGGAGAAUGUAACUCCUGAUGAUAUCAGUGACACUGGCGGGAGAAUAUCGGGAGGACUAGAUCAACAACAUCUCGUACCGAUCACGGGAUCACCGACGUCACAGAAGACUAGGAGAGAUAUUGUGUCAAAACCAGGACCAAAAGGUGACAAAGGCGAUCCCGGACCCAAAGGAAACAAUGGGAUCGCAGGAUUCAACGGGGAUGAUGGAUUAGACGGUGAGAAGGGCGACAAAGGUGAGCCUGGAAGACACGGACAGAAGGGCGGCGCUGGAAUAUCGGGAUUCAAUGGCGACGACGGACAAGAUGGUCAAGAUGGAGCCAAGGGAGACGUUGGUCCAACCGGGCCUAAAGGAGAAGUUGGUCAAGCCGGAUCCAAAGGAGACGCUGGAAGGCCGGGAGCCCUUGGUGCCGACGGAAGAACUGGUCAAAAAGGAGAAAACGGUGAUUUAGGUUUGAAAGGGGACAUUGGACCAGCUGGUCCUACUGGGCCGACAGGACACACCGGAAGACAUGGUAUCGCAGGGCAAAAGGGAAACACCGGAAGUCCUGGUAUAACUGGGUCAAAGGGAAACACCGGAAGUCCUGGUAUAAUUGGGUCAAAGGGAAACACCGGAAGUCCUGGUAUCGUGGGACCAAAAGGAUCGACAGGAGCGACUGGCGCGAACGGACAUCAAGGAUUCACAGGACAUUCUGGACAAAAGGGAGAACCGGGUAACACUGUAUUUGGUCGAAACGGCGAAAAAGGUGCCACUGGCGACAUGGGGUUUACCGGAUUAAAGGGAGAUAAAGGUGGCAAAGGAAGUCAAGGAUACAGGGGACUCAACGGACAAAAGGGUGAAUCGGGACAAACCGUAGCAGGUAUCAAAGGAAUUAAAGGAGACAGCGGAAACACGGGACAAAAAGGCGAACCAGGACGAAUGGUAUCAGGAACAAGUACAAAGGUUGCAUUUUCAGCCUACGUUACAAGUACAGUUACUAACAUGAGAUCGGGAUCCGUGAUUGUGUUUAAUGGAAUGAGGCUGAAUAACGGGAACUACUACAACCCUGCCCAAGGAACGUUCCGGUGUGGUGUUUCAGGUGUUUAUAUGUUCACAUGGUCUAUUCAUGUUCAUGCUGGACAUGAGUUGUCCACAGGCUUAGACGUUAACGGAAGGACACUUGGAACUGCAUUUGCUUAUAGUCCAAACAACAAUGUCAAUAGUGGGUCCAGCUCUACCAUAACUAAUUUACAUGUUGGAGAUAUUGUUAACGUUCGUGGUUUCUAUCCUGGUGCAGAUAUUGUAUUUGGAUCUUCAUUUUCGGGAUUUCUACUAAACUAACACUAUCACCAUACUGAUUAUACACAAGUAUUGUAGAUUGUGUGCAUUGUUUGAUAUUAAAUUA